UUUUCCAGAUACCCAGGCACUGGUCAAUAUGACAAAUUCUUUGCUGAGGGCAUAUAUGAAUGUGCUGGUUGUGGGACCCCACUUUACAAAUCCACUACCAAGUUCAAUUCUGGGUGUGGCUGGCCAGCUUUCUACGAGGGUCUUCCUGGAGCCAUAAAUCGCUCGCCUGAUCCUGAUGGAAGGAGAACGGAAAUAACUUGUGCAGCUUGUGGUGGGCAUUUGGGUCAUGUGUUUAAAGGCGAGGGGUUUAACACACCAACUGAUGAACGUCAUUGUGUCAAUAGCAUUUCGCUCAAGUUCACUCCUGCCUCCUAAGCAGCUACUUUUCUCUCAUGUUUAUUAUAUGUGAUGCCUUCCUAGAUAAAUUAUAUAGUUGACUUAUGUAUAAGGAUCUAUUAUCUUCAACUGUUGCUUAUUGUCAAUUUAUGAAUUGGAUCUAUUAUCAUCAACUACGUCUUAUUGUCCAUGAAAUGUUAUGUAGAAUGACUUCAAACA